GUGCUUGUAGAGCUGAGCUACCACCGAGGCUGCACCAUCCACCCUGACAUCCCACUCACAAAAUGGACCAGGAGACCCUGGGAAGCAUUGUCCUGCUUGCCAUUGUUACCUUGCUAAGUGUUGUCCAGAACGCUUUUUUUGCUUACAAACUGGAGCAUGAAAGCAAACACUGCAACAGCAAGGGGUUCCAGCGGCAGGGAUCAUCCUGCUUCGACCGCGUCUACACUGCCAACCAGAACUGCGGACAUGCGUACCCUACGUUUCUCGCUGUGCUUUGGUGUGCUGGCCUUCUCUGCAGCCAAGCUCCUGCUGCCUUUGCUGGCCUGAUGUACUUGUUUGUGAGGCAGAAGUACUUUGUGGGCUACCUCGGGGAGAGGACUCAGAGCACUCCCGGUUACUUGUUUGGAAAGCGCAUCAUCUUGUUCCUGUUUCUCAUGUCUGUGGCUGGAAUACUCAACUACUAUCUCAUCUUCUUUUUUGGAAGUGACUUUGAAAUACACAUUAAAACGAUAACCAGCGCGAUCUCUCCAUUGCUGCUCAUACCCUAAGUCCCUGCAGCACUGAGGGGGUCAGCACACUUGAUAUAUCCAUACCCAGAAGCUGCCCUAAUUCAACUGUUUAAGAAAUGAACCCAUAACCCAGUUAGAUUGCUGUAAAUCUCAUGCUUGAUGGUCUUUGUAGUUCGAUUUAACAUUGCUUUUUUCUUCAGGAAAAAGAUUUAUUAUGAACACUUGGUAUGCCUAAGGAAUGGUAACAACUUCGUGUUAAUUUUUAGAGUUUUGUUCCCUACAGUGCAGCUUGCGAGCUGAUUGCAUGACUGGAAGGGACAUUGUAUGCUUGCUUCAUAUCUUUGUUGUACUGAGCUUUUGUCCCAAAACCCAGGAUCCUCUCAGUGUCUUUCCUGACCAAUGGCUCCUACAGUUAUCCUCACACACAAGCUUAGACCUUCGCCAGCAUCUCGUGUACCCCUGCCCGCACAAAGGCAUGGACCAGCCUCUUCACCUACCCUUUCCCUCCCACUUGUCGAUGACAGAGCUCCUGUUGUUGCAGGAGGUCGGCGAAUUGGCCCCUCUCCGGUCUUCCUUGAUAAAUAUUCAUAUGUGUAACACUCACCACACUGAUCUCAUUUACACUUCAGCCUUUUUGUUCUCCCAGUGCUGGGGAAAGGAGUCUUGCAUAAAUGAGGAGCUGGUGUAUUGCUGGUAGGGCUGGGUUUGUUUUGAUUGUCUGUGUUUAAUAAAACAGCCUAAACUGACUAAA